GGGGCGGCUGGCGCCGCCGCCGAGCGCCGCGCCCGCCGGCAUGAUGCAGAUCUGCGACUCGUACAGCCAGAAGUACUCGCUCUUCAACGCCAUGAACCGCUUCAUCGGCGCCGUCAACAACAUGGACCAGACGGUGAUGGUGCCGAGCCUGCUGCGCGACGUGCCGCUGCUGCUGGAGGAGCUGGACGCGGCGGGCGGCGUGUGCGCCGAGCGCGACGCGGCGCUGCCGCCGCCGCCCAACGCCGGCGCCUACUUCUCGCGCAGGGACAUGUACAGCCACUACAUGCUGCUCAAGUCCAUCCGCAACGACAUCGAGUGGGGCGUGCUGCAGCCGCCGGCGGGCGACGACGCCGCCCGCAAGAAGGACAAGCUGGGCGGCGGCGGCCCCGGCGCGGACAUUAGCCGCGGGCUGGCGGCCGACGGCGAGGCCGAGGAGGACCUGGAGGAGCAGUUCCACUACCACCUCAGCGGACUGCACGCCGUGCUCUCCAAGCUCACGCGCAAGGCCAACGUGCUCACCAACCGCUACAAGCAGGAGAUCGGCUUCAGCAGCUGGGGCCAGUGAGCGCCGCGCGCGC